ACAGAUAAGCACAUCUUCACUUUACGAUUCUAUAUAUCCAGUCGACAAGAGUAAUAAUGUUUGUUAUACAACUCAUAUCGCUACUACUAACUGCACAACUAGUUGUUGUGAAUAGCUCGUGUAGCUCUAAACUUGAAAGCUCAUUGUUUGAUGACCUUAUUGGAAUGAUGUUAAAGCUGAAAGGAACAGAGCAUAGAGGGCUUGGGAAAGAAAUGAAACAAAAAGAAACUCCUGCCUUUUCAGUCUACAGGGAUGCUCCACAAUCUUUAUCGCCAUCAACUAUUGUAAAAUUUAAUCGUGUAUGGACAAAUAACUUGAAAGGGUAUGAUGUCACUACCGGUAUUUUUACUGCUCCAAUGGCUGGUCUGUACCAUUUUUCUGCAGUUGUCAUGUCUGAAUCUGGAAAAUCAUUAUUUCUUCAUUUAUGGCACAACGAUUCGAAGAUGACUGGAAGUUUCAUUACUGGCGAUGGUUAUAAAACUGGUACAUUUGAUGUUGUACUGAACGUAAAGAAAAGGGAUCGCAUCUAUAUAAGGUGUAGAAAUAACACCAGUCAAAAAAUCUACAGCGAUAGUGAUAACUACAGUACCUUCUCUGGAUAUCUAAUUGCUUAAAAAAACGUUACAGUCAAUAAAUUUUUGUCUUAU